AUGGCUUUCACUCAAGUCACCUUCAGCAAAAAUAUCGAUGUCAUGCAAUCUGCUUCUGUGAAUUCAAAACCUCAUCGGAAGAACAAGAAGACAUUACCAUACCAAUCAUCCGCUGCUAUUUCUUGGCUAUCAACAUUGGAUCCCUCUCGGUCUUUAUUACCAUAUACGUUGAGAAAUAUCAUUCAUUCUGGCUGGCUUAUCUCAUACCUCUCAGUAUUUCUCUUUGCCAUCGCCAUAUUAGUCUUUGGUUGGGAUAAGUACGUCAAGAAGGAACCCCAAGGUUCAGUGAUAUUUGACUUUGUCUAUGUGCUUUGGAUAACUCUCGUGAAUCAAAAAAAUUUGGAGAACGCCAAACCUUCGAAUAUGACGGAAGAACAAUUGAAAAGGAGAAAAGUUACAUGGGACGAUGAAUUCGUGGAACAGUCCAGAAUAGGGCUUCGAGCCAUAAAGGCUUUCUUGGUUUUUCCAUUUUACUGGGUCUGCUAUGCACAGAUCUACAAUAAUUUAACAUCAGACCGCCAAAAAAUGAAGCUUCCGAAAUUGGCGGUUGCAACCGUUCCAAAUUAUAUAAACCUUAUGUAA